AUGGAAUCGGCCAAUUUGCGUCGCAAAGACACCACAAAGGGUCCGCCGCUGCGGAUCCUCUCUCUCGAUGGAGGAGGUGUCCGCGGAUACUCGAUGCUUAUCAUCCUACAAGAACUAAUGUACCGAACCUACGUCGAAUGCGAAGGAAAGCCCCCACGUCGCGAUCAAAUACCUAAACCCUGCGAUCAUUUCGAUCUGAUCGUAGGUACCGGCACCGGCGGUUUAAUUGCCCUCAUGCUGGGACGUUUACGCCUUGACCUGGAAACUAGCAAAGAGGUUUACGUUCGCAUGACUCGCAAAGUAUUCGAAACAGAUAAGACCAUCGCUGGUAUUCCUUACCGAUCCACACUAUUCAAAGCGUCGAAACUAGAAGAGGCUAUCCGGGAGUGUGUACGAGAACACACCGUUUUCGAGGCGGAAGGAAACGAUUUACCGUCCAAUUCUAAUGCCCGGGCCUCCAUAACGAGUCUUCCAUAUAGCUCUGGAUCAUCAGUGCCCCAGCGCACUAUGAGCCGUGGAAGCUUCAGCAAUCAACCUCAAACAGGGAGCUCGAGAACUUCUGCUUUCGUCAAUGGACUGCGCUGGGGUAACCCCGAAGCCACACUUUAUGAUAAUCGGGAAUAUCGAACGAAGACUGCUGUUACUGCGCUCUACAAAGGCACACCGCGCAACGGACCAGUGGUAUUUUUGCGCUCCUACGACUCUCGUCGAGAACCCCCACCCGAAUUCGACUGCACAGUUUGGCAAGCUGGUCGAGCCACCUCGGCCACUGGACUUGCAUUUAAACCCAUUCAGAUCGGCCAGCACGUUUUCAUUGAUGAAGGACCUGGCACUUACAACCCGGCCCCACAAGUUCUUGAUGAAGCAGUAGUGAACGAGUGGCCUGGUCGAGAUGUCGGUGUUUUUGUUAGUGUGGGUACAGGACGUCGACCUUCCGGAACCAAUAACCGACAACAUGAAUGGUGGGAGGAUUUCUUUGGGGACGCAUUGGGCACCUUUGCCGAGGCACGACGUCGACUUAUCACUAAGAUCGAGGGCUGCGAGGAUAUUCAUCAACAAAUGUUGCGAGAUGGCCUUGCAAAGCGCCAUGUCAGCCAGGAUAACUACUACCGUUUGAACGUCGAGGUUGGCGUGGGUGAAUUUGGUAUGAACGAGUGGAACCGUCUCGCGGAUAUCAGCACAAACACCCGACGGUACCUGGCCAAGUCCGAAGUCAAGAAAAUGAUAUUGGAUGCUGGUGUCAAGUUUGCCAAGAUUGACCGCAUGAACAAGCGCUUGGCAGACCACGCCGCGGCCGGUGGUGACCGCGAUGACAUGUCAUUUGACCUGGAGCGGGAAGAGAUCUCCAUCUCGGAACCUCCAGCCCAAUAUACGGUGCCCCCACCUUCGCAUGCAUUCGCUGUCGAGCUACCCGCCGACCCCCUUGAGAAUUUCCCCCGCCCCCCUCAAGGCUCUCCUCCGCCCAUGCCUGCCAGUGUCACCGUGACUGCACCACCGGGAGACGAUUCGCUUCCCGUACACCCAACUCCCCAAGAUGGAUACCCAGGCUCCCCUACUCGUCACUCAAGUGGCGAAGUUCCCUCUUUCCGACCGAGCAGUGAAUACAGCCGACCAUCAUCACAGCAGCAGGGCUCCCCUCGUCAAAGCGCAGACCAUGUAGCCCACCACAACGGGCUGCAUAUGCCGCCGCCACCAGUCCCACCCAAGACGCCCAUUCCAUACCCCGCUCAGGACGAUUCAGGGGGUAUUUCAAUGCCUGCGCCACUAUUUUCCCAGCCACAUAUGCCCGUAUCCAGUAGCAACGGUAAAGUGCGACCACCAUAUCCAGUUGAUGAACCUCCACCAGUUGUGACUCGGACACGAAAGCCAAGCUACCACGUGCGGUGA